GUUGAGUUUGAGUAACAUGAUAUUAAAUUAACUUCUCUCUCUCUUUGAGAGUCUCAUCUCCUCCGGCUGUAGGGUUCUAAAUUACUUUAUUUUCAGUCCUGGUUUCCACUAGUGUUUUACAUUCUUCCACGCAACAUUUCCUGUCAAGAAGCUUAUCAUGAGUUCGAUGCAAGAUAUACUCCAACAGUUAUCAUCUGUCCAACUUGAUGAAGAAGAGUGUACAGUCAUUGAAGUGACAGAGGAAGAAAUCAAGCAGGGAAUAGAAGAUUGCUCAAAUAGCUGUUUAGAGAAGUUCGUAGCACGUAAGGAAAUGAAUCUGAAGGGGUUAAAAGGGGCACUGGAGCGAGCAUGGAAGCGACAAGGUUUCAGAAUCUUCCGAGUCCAACCAGAUGUUUGUCAACUUUUCUUUGCAUCCAAGAAAGACCUGCAGUUUGUCCUGAGUAAAGGUCCAUGGAACAUCGACAACAACCUACUAGUAGUCAAAAGUUGGUUUUCGGGAGUAAGGGUGAAUGAACUUGAUUUUGAAAAUGUGUUUUUUGGGGUCAAUAUUUGUGGUCUGCCCUGGGAGUUUUAUACUCAAGAGGUUGCUAUGAAAGUGGCCUCCAGCUUUAGGGACUGUUCUUGUGUCCAGUUAAAGGAGAAAUCUGAUAGUGACGAACGGUUCUUCAGACUCAGAAUUUUGGUGAACACGAAAACCCCGUUGCGGAGGGUGGUUAGGUUGAAAUGGGGUGACAACAGUGAAGCCAGAGGGAUAUUACGUUAUGAACGCUUAUCGUCGUUCUGCUAUCAAUGUGGAGUCAUGGGGCAUACAGCAAAGGUCUGUGCCAAAGCAAUGGUUGCAGAAGCCAAUUCCAGUCAAGACUCUCAAUAUGGCUUUUGGUUGAUAACGGAUACUAUCAUAGCUAGGCAGAUCUGGCAACAGAUACUGUCCGCGGAAGGGAUGCCGGAAAACCCCUCGGGACCCAUGGCUCUAGAAGAAGAUGGAAGAGGUCAUCAUCGUGCUUCACCAUCACAAACGCAGUGUAGGGCUUGAGACUGUCAUGAGACGGAUGGUAAUCAUUUUCCCCGCAGUUUUCGAAGCAUGAGGGACGGGGUCUUGAGUACGGAGACACAAAGAUGGACUCCAGCUAGGAAGCAGCUCCAAGCUUAUACCAAAUAUAUUAACCAAGUGGACCAACUUGGUGAAGCAGGAGGGGCCCAAACUAGUGGACCUUCAGAAGUGGGUCUAGACCUCACUAUUAAAGGCCCAACGAGAGCCAACAUGGGAGAGGUGUGUAGGGCUACCCUUCCACCCAUUACAUGUAACGAGUUGGCUACGCGGGACGGACAUGAGGGUGACCUAACAACAGAAACUCCUGAUUUGGUCCUAACAGCUAUUGAUGAAGUACGAAGGUGGGAAAAGCGGCACCUACAUGAGGAGUGUGAUACUUUGCAAGAGGUUGGGGAAGGAAAGAGAGCAAGGCUGCAGGAUGGUUCUGACUUCAACACAGGUCAAACGGCGGUGUCUGCACUGCAGCACCGCCGAAGCCAAUGAUCGCUUUGGUCUGGAAUUGCCGGGGGCUUGGGAACCCCCAUGCAAUUCGAGCCCUCAAUAACAUAUUGAGGGAACAAGUUCUCGAUUUUGUUUUUCUUUCGGAAACGAAACUCUUAAGAGGGGAAAUGGAGGCACUUAAGAGACGGCUUGGCUUUGUGAACGGCUUUUAUGUAGACUGCCAGAACAGAGGUGGGGGUCUAGCAUUAUUAUGGAGAGAUGACGUCCAGCUUUCAAUCAUGAGACUCCAGCGGUCAUAUUGAUGCUGUGAUUCAAGAUAGUAGAAUGGGGCAGCAAUGGAGAUUUACUGAUUUUUAUGAACAUCCAAAACUAAGCCAAAGGAAGCACUCAUGGCAGCUAUUGAAACGAUUAGCUCGUUAGUACUCAAUGUUGUGGUUAUGUGCAUGCAAUUUCAAUGAAAUCCUGUCUUCUGGAGAAAAAUGUGGGGGUCGGGAUAGAAGCCAAUCCCAGAUGGCAGCUUUUCGGGAUGCACUUAGCGAGGCAAACUUGUAUGAUUUGGGUUUCAAAGGUUCCAGAUACACAUGGGCACGAGGCAGGGAUCCUAGUCAUCGUAUUUGUGAAAGGUUGGAUAGGGCUGUGGCUUCACCUGAGUGGUGAACUCUCUUUCCAGCGGCCACUGUCAGCCAUCUCUCAUCUUCUUGGUCGGACCAUGUUCCACUUCGCAUAGCCAUUAACUAUAGUUUAAGACCUUUCAAUAAUAAGAGGCGAAGGAGAACGUCCUACAAGUUUGAGCAGAUAUGGAUAGGUGAUGAGGAAUGUGAAAAAAUAUUAUCUGAAAAUUGGCAUGAGGUUGGUGCAGGAGACCCAGUUGCUUCAUUGGCUUUAUGUACACAGAAGGCCUUACAAGCUUUAAAGUCGUGGGAAAGUAGGAAGUUUAGAAAUUUGAAGGCAAAAAUUAAAAAGCUUUCGAACAAGCUUCAAGCUAUUCAAUUUAACUCCUCUUAUCGGAUAGCAGAUGAGAUCCAUAUCAGAAGGAACUCGACUCACUUUGGAGCAGGAAGAAAUUUAUUGGAAGCAACGGUCAAGAGUUUCUUGGCUAAAAGAAGAAGACCGAAAUACUUCUUAUUUCCAUCACAAAGCUAGUCAGCGAAGACGGAGGAAUGCUAUAAAGAGCCUUCAACUGGAAAAUGGAGAAUGGAUCAACACAGAUGGCCAAAUUGAGCAACAUAUUAAGGAGUUUUAUAAAAAACUUUUCUCAUCAGAUGGGGCGGAGGUGGAGUUAUUUGCAGAUAUUAUUGAUCAAAGAUUGGACGAUCAGAUGAAGUCGGAGCUCAUGAAGGAUUUUUCGAAACAAGAGAUCUUUGAUGCUUUGGGGCAAAUGCAUCCAUGGAAAGCGCCAAGACCUGACGGGCUCCAUGCUGGUUUUUACCAGAGAUUUUAGGAGAUAAUUGGGAAGGAGGUGAAGGAAAUGGCACUCUCAGUCCUUAAUGAUAGUGUAAGCCCAGAAGGACUCUCGUCCCUUAUCCGAAAGAUAGAAAGACAAGGUCUAUGGAGUAGGAUCAAACUGGGGAGGGGAGGUCUUUCAAUUUCUCAUCUCUUGUUUGCGGAUGACAGCUUGUUUUUUGCUAAAGCAGAUGAGAGCAGUAUACGAGCUAUCAUGGAGGUAUUGCAAAUUUAUGGAAGAGCUUCAGGCUAAAAGGUGAACUUUCAAAAAUCUCGACUAUAUUGCAUCAACAACAUGCCUAAAGAAGCACAAACUCAACUCCAUGGAAUGCUAGGAGUACAAGAAGAUGAUGGGAAGGGAGUCUAUCUGGGAUUACCAUACAUGAUUGGCAGGUCUAAAAACGAAAUUUUUGAUUUUGUUAAAGAAAGAGUCUGGAAGAAACUUCAAGAGUGGAAGGAAAAAGCCUUAUCACAGGCUGGAAGGGAGGUAUUAAUCAAGGCAGUGGUCCAAGCUAUUCCCACAUAUGUGAUGUCUUGUUACAAGCUCACUAAAACUCUGUGUGAUGACAUUAAGGCUCUCAUCCGAAACUUUUGGUGGGGACAGAGAGGGACGGAAAAGAAAAUGUGUUGGGUGAGGUGGAAUAAGUUAUGCCAGCCAAAAUCAGAAGGAGGUUUGGGUUUCAGAGACAUGGAAGCCUUUAACCUUGCGUUAUUAGCAAAACAAGGUUGGAGGCUAAUUAAGGACCCUGAAUCCUUGGCAGCCAGAGUUUUGAAGACCAAAUAUUUUGGUAGGACAAAUUUUCUUAAUGCCAAAUUAAGGAGCAAUCCGUCUUAUUUAUUGAGAAGUUUAUUAGAAGGAAGGCGUUUACUCAACAAAGGCAUUGUGUGGAGAGUGGGUAAUGGCACCGACAUCAAGGUUUGGGAUGAUCCGUGGAUAUCGUGUCCUCCCUCUUUCAGGGUGUCGCAACAUGCUAAAAUGUUGUGGCCAGAUGCUAGAGUUUGUGACUUAUUUGACAACCACUCUGGCGGCUGGAGAAUGGACUUGCUAAGUGCUCUAUUUUUGAAUCAUGAAAUACAGAGCACUCCCCAUGGGGGUUUAAGGAUGAGCUAGUGUGGUUUUAUCAUAAGGAUGGCCGUUUUGAUGUACGGUCAGCGUAUCAUCUACGGAGAACCUUGCAGAGGUUGAAGAAAGGUGGGGAGGGUGCAUCAUCCAAUACUAAUGAGAAGUCUUUCUGGUAUAAAAUCUGGGACUUGGGCGUUCCCCCAAAAGUCAAAGUCUUUGUUUGGAGAGCUUGUUCUGGCAUUCUGCCUACUGGACAGAAUUUAUCAGUUAGACUGCGGAAAGGGAUAAUAAGUUGUAGGUGGUGUGGUUGUGAUCAAGAGUCUGAUAAACAUAUAUUUUUUGAGUGCGAGUUGCUCAGCAAGUUUGGUUAGGAUUAGGAAUGCUAAAAGCAGUUUGCAAGCUUGUUGCCUCAAGCUUUAAGGACUGGUUUGACUGCUUUUUGAAGCUUAGAGGCAAAAAAACAACAGCUCUCAUUGCGGUGAUCAUGUGGAUGAUUUGGAGAUGCCGGAACCAAAAAAUAUUUGAAGAUAAGGAUGGAGUUGCAAAACAAGUGGGUGAAUUUGCCAAGGCCUUCUUACAUGAGUUUUGGAAUAUCCACAAUACGAAGGGGACACGAAGGAGUAUAGAAUACCACAAAUGGGUAGCACCUGCGGAGCACCUUCUGAAACUUAAUGUGGAUGGCGCUUUUUCUGAAGCUGCAGCUGGAGUUGGAGUGGUGGUAAGGAAUCACCUGGGCCAAGUGGAGGCUAUACUGGCAACACGAGUGACUACUGCUCUAAAUGCAGAACAUGUGGAAUGUUUGGCAUUUCUUAGUGCUUUGGAGUUUGCCAGAGAUUUUGGAAUAACACAUUUCUUGCUGGAAGGGGAUGCUUUGAAUAUUGUAGAGAGGAUUAAUAGCAAUGAGCCAGAUCUGUCAUUGAUAGGUAACAUAGUUCACGGAAUAAGAUCACUACUGGCUACUUUUGAUUUUGUAAAGGUUAAUUAUGUGAGGAGGACCAACAAUGUUCCUGCCCACAUCGUGUCUAAAAUGUCUCUGUCUCUUGAGGGAAGUCGAGUGUGGUUUGUGGACUUCCCCAAGGCUGUUACUGAUGCUGCUCUUCAAGAUUUGACAUGAAUGCAGUUUCAUUGAUCAAAAAAAAAAAAA